AUGCUUUUCUACCUCCUUCAAACCCUCAACACUGCAUUAUCUGAGCCUGCGAAGCUAACAAGUUUAUUCUCCAACGGCGGAAAUGGAAACGUGAUCGUCGAGAAACAAAGAGGCGAAUUGCAAGAUUGCAUGGAACUCCAUGAAUCAACACAAUCUUUGUUGAAAAAAACAGUGUUUCGAGAUGGGAAGUGGAUUGAAGAAGAUGCAUCUGUUCUUUUUCCCGGUGAUAUCAUCAGUAUUAAACUCAGUGACAUUAUUUCGGCUGAUGCUAGACUCCUCGACGGUGAUCCGCUGAAAAUUGAUCAGUCAGCGUUAACUGGUGAUUCUCUUCCAGUAACAAAAGGCCCCGGUAACAUUAUUUACUCGGGUUCUACAUGCAAACAAGGAGAGAUUGAAGCUGUCGUGAUCGCCACCGGUUUUCAUAUGUUCUUUGGCAAAGCUGCUCACCUUGUUGAUUCUAUAAAUCAACAAGGACAUUUUCAAAAGGUGUUGACUGCCAUUGGUAAUUUCUAUAUAUGUUCCAUUGCGGUCAGAAUGAUAACUGAAAUCAUUGUCAUGUACCCAAUUCAACAUCGUAAAUAUCGUCCCGGAAUCGACAAUUUACUGGUACUACUCAUUGGAGGAAUUCCUAUUGCCAUGCCCACAGUUUUGUCUGUUACAAUGGCAAUCGGGUCUCAUCCUCUAUCUCUUCAAAAGGUGAUAAUUUUUCGGUUUGAAUGA